AUGAAGACAUACUUGACAGCCUUGGGCCUAACGGCGCUCAGCAGCCUCCAAGCGGUACCCAAGGUUGAGGGCUCGCGUUUUGCUCGAGUGCCCGUUUCAUCUACGGCAAGCAUCAACAACCCCAUGGACGACGACACCACGGCUCUUGCUCUCCGCAGUCCCGCCGAAGCUGGACUUGAGAGGAGUCUUGCGGUGCCUCAUGACGUCCCAUCCCACCCCCACUGCACGUAUAGGGGUGCAGACAGCUUGAUGUACAUGGUGUUUUCCAAGGACUUUGGUCGGAAUGAUGAAACAUCGCAGGAUGGCUGCGGUAAUCACAUGCUCAUCCACUUGCGUGAAGAAUGCAGUGACUGGAUUGUGAGCUGGGAGUGCAGCGCUACGCUUCAGGGCGAGCACUCGGCUUUCAUGGAAUUCAAAGUUCCUAUCCAGUUCUCCUCCGUCGGUCCAGAAUGUGUAGAAAGGGCAUUCCGCAGGGCCUCGGGGCCACGAAGGCAACAGACGGUCCAUUGCUGCAAACGAGGAGAUCUCAAAUGCCGAAAACGUAAUUGUGAGGCAUAUAGAGAGGAAAACCCUGAUUUGGUCUGCUAA